CUAUCUCCGCCGAGCCAGCCCGAUAGGAACCCGACCCGGAUCCAUUUGGCGACCCUACUUGAACGAGUGCCCAACCUCAGAGUGCUUGACGGAGAAGACGACUCAACAUAUUGGCGGAGGUGAAUGAUGUAUAAUCUCAGAGACGCAGAGACUACUUCAGGCCUCUCCGCUCGCACCCUAGCCUAGAGUCACUAGACGACACCGCUUCUUCAAGGCGGAGCGGCUCCGAUUUCCGGUCGUUCCGCACGGGGGCACGAGUUACAGUCGACUUCACUUCUCUUAAGUCUCCAAAUAUUCGUUUUUCAGUGUAGAGGGGGGCCUCUAGCCACCAUGACUGAUGCAUUUGAUGAAGAAUCUGAGCCAACGGUUUCAAUUGGAGAGUAUUUGAAGGAUGUCGAAGAACAGGAACUCGAAGCAGAUUUGGUUUUGGGUGGUGAUGAAGGAAAGGAAUGCACUUACAACAAUGGCUAUAUGAAAAGACAGGCCAUCUUCUCUUGCUUGACAUGUACACCAGAUGGAAAUGCCGGGGUUUGCACUGCUUGUAGUUUGUCCUGUCAUGAUGGGCAUGAGAUUGUGGAGCUCUGGACUAAGAGAAACUUUAGGUGUGAUUGUGGAAAUUCAAAAUUUGGGGAAUUCUUCUGUAAGCUUCUUCCAAGCAAAGAUGUAGAGAAUCCAAAGAACAUGUACAACCACAAUUUCAGAGGUCUAUACUGCUUGUGUGGGCGUCCAUUCCCCGACCCAGAUGCCGAAGAACAAGCGGAGAUGAUUCAGUGCUGUGUCUGCGAAGACUGGUAUCAUGAUGAACAUCUUGGUCUUGAGUCUUCAGACAUGAUUCCAAGAGACGAGGAAGGGGAUCCAGUUUACGAGGAUUUCAUAUGCCAGGGCUGUGCAAGUGUUUGUUCUUUUCUAAUGUUGUAUCCUCUGAAAGUCUUUGCACCAGUUCCUCAGAAAGAUGAUAUUAUAAAGGAGAAAAAAGUGGCCGAGAAUGUUCCUCUAUCACUAGGAUCUUCAGAGGAGACUAAUGGAGCAAGUUCUUCACUAGAGACUCUGGUUGAGAACAUCAACAGAGGAGAAAUCAAUGAGGACAAUGGCACAUCGAAUCAUCACAAUCAGACUGAUGGUGCAAGCCAGAAAUGCAUUAUUGGAUUGAAACUGAGUGAGGAGGCCGGUGCUAACCCAGAGAAAAGCAAACCGAUGUUUCUCUGCAAAAACUGGAGAGAAGCACUUUGCAGGUGCCUGAGCUGUGUGGACCUGUACAACCAGAAAGGAGUUGCCUUCUUGCUUGACAGAGAGGACACAAUUGCCGAGUACGAGGCAAUGGCAAAGCAAAAGAGAGAGAUGCUGGAGGAGAAGCAGAGCUCAGAGUUUCUUAACAAACUUGGCCACGUCGAGAAAAUGGAGAUCUUGACUGGCAUUGCUGACAUUAAGAAUGAGCUUCACUCUUUCCUGGGGUCCUUUGAUCCAUCAAAGGCGGUUACUUCUGCCGAUGUCCACCAAAUCUUUGAGAAUCUUGCAAAGAAACGCAGACGAAUGGAAUAAGCUCUUCCUACGGUAUGUUUCAAAAGAACUGCUCUCUAUGCAACCGAUGAGAAAGCUUUCAUGUUUACAAAGUGGUUAUCUUGUGAUGGGAAAAGUCUUAUUUAUCCACUAUGUAGAGUCUAUUUUGUAGUAGUGGGCAACAUAACUCACCCUAAGUACUCUAAAUAAUGUGCUAAAAAUAAUUAAACCAAACACAACAAGAGUUUUAUUUAAUACACCAUUCUUUGAAGCAUAAGUUGAUUUUUAUUUACUGAGCACUCACUAACCUU